GGGCAGUGCUUCCGCGUGCUCGACCACACGAGAGACCGCGGCGUGCGCAUGGAGCGCGUGUCGCAGAGAUUGAGCGUGUCGCAUUGAUAAGACCGAGACAGCACUCCGGCGCGCCCGAUGAUAGAGAUCAGUCCCGGCGACUCCAUGCGUUCGCAGAGGCCCCGAAGCUAUCAAGAACGCCGGACAUCGCAGUAGCACAAAGGCGGCACACCAGUUACCUUCCCGACCAUCUACUGGAGCAGCUCGCACUGGUGGAGGGUGGAAUUGCUGGGCGGAGGGAAGGGAACACGAUACCUGAGACACCGGACAUCGAGUCGUGCUGUUGCACCGCCGGCCACUUCUCGAGCAAUCCAUGAAUGGGAGUAUAAGGUCAUCAAAGAGCAGCGACAAUCGCCGAACUUGGACAGACAGGCUGCGCUUGAGGAUCGUAGCCCUAUACAGAGCUCCCCCGUCUGCCAUACUACCGCGAGGUGGGCGCUGAUGCGACGUCGCCAUCAUGGAUCUCUCAGGCUUUGACCCGUCGACCAUGACUUAUUUGGCUACGCAGAUGCAACAGCCAAACCAUGGAGCCCAGGAUCCCUUCCAAGAGAUGUUGCUGCCGGCCGAGUACCACGAGCACCACUCCACAUAUGGUGGUUAUGCUGGGAGCGAGGACUUAAACCUCCACAGUCUACAACAGCCGUCGCAGCUCAAACGCUUCGCCAGCGCCUACGAGGAUCCCUUCUCCGAUGUUGUGAGCGCCUUCGACGCGCAGACACAAGAUCCACACGAUCCGGAAGCUCCUUUGACCGAUUCAAACAACAAACUACUCGGCUUCUCACUACCCACCUUCGACUACAGACUCCUCGACUACGGCUACCGCCAUACCACGAUAUCUCUCGCAGCGCAGCUCCAUGGCAUGUUCUUUCUGGCAGAGUCGCCUUGGGCCUCCGCCGGAGACGCAAAUCCACCGCCUUCGGAGCUGACUUGCUAUCGGAGGAACCUUUUUCAAAUCACUGGAGAAAUCACUCUCCCACGAACGUUACGAUAUAUUUUGACAGAGCAAGGGGAACAGAUCCCCAUCAUAGGGCAAGAGCUCGUAAUCAGUGCGAACGAAUCGACAGAAGGAAACCCUGUGAAAAUCAUAUCAGUGCCAUGGAAAACACCUGCGGGGCCAGCAGGACCUGCACCAGAGGACAAGACUGAGCGCGAGCCGCCGUCAAUACCCCUCGACCUUAUGAAUGUGCAGGAGAUGAAUACAGAUUUUGCGAGCUUUCCCUUUCAGUGGAAGCGGCUACAGUUCCGAAUAGCGACAGCCAACAAUGGAAGGCGCAAGGAGCUGCAACAACACUUUGUUGUACAUCUCAAGGUACUGGCUACCUUGGCUACGGGAGGCAAGAUACCCAUUUGUGCUGUUCGCUCUGGCGCCAUUAUAGUGCGAGGACGCAGCCCGAGGAACUUUCAAUCUCGCAAAGACAUGCCGCUGGGUGGCAACGGGCACAUUCGCAAGACGUCUAACGUGACUCGAGCUGCGACAGUGCACGGAGGAGAGAAGUCGAGAAAUGACGGCCCCACAUCAGCGCCUGUCAAGACCGAAGCCCCAGCUCCUACCAUGUCCAUGUAUUCAUAUGAUGCGCACGAAGGCGUUGCGCAAGGCGAUGCUCAGCAUUGGCAGCAAGCCAACGCCGGAGCGGCCGACUCUGCAGCAAUGGCACCUCCACGCAGCACUCCGCAAGAAGCUGCUAACGUGUAUCGAUCGACUUCACCAGGCCUUCAACCUCCCAAGAAGUCCUCAAUGCCCCCGCCUGCACCCAUCAACUUAUCUCUUGUGGAAGAUGAUUCGCCAAAGCCAGGCAGUAGUCAGACCCCACCCGACUCGGCGCAGAAGGCGAAGAGGCUUCAAAUUCCAGCACGACCGCCUUCCUUCUCGAUCAACACAAUCAACAGCCCAGACGAAAGCGCGGAUCUCUUGUAUGAAUAUUUCCCACUGAGUCUCGAUGACUGGAUGCCGCCGGUGGAUGCAGUGUACAGACCGCAUGUUGUCCACCACAUCAAGCUGAGAACGGAUCCUCGAGAUCCGACGAUUACCCAUAGCGCGAGAUCGAAGAGCAAGCGCAUGUAUGUUCCGGACGACGAUUGAGCGGCGACCCUGACGAUGGUUUCUUGGAGGGAUCUCGUGCGAGAUGUUUCUUUCUUUCAGAUUGCGCUCUGUCGCAGCAACAGCCUGCACGCCAGACACGGCUUCUUGCCCCAGUCAAUGAGACAGUCCAGUCUUGCUUACUCCGGGGCGUUGCUUUUAGCGCAUCGAAGCUCCUGCCCAUUUAUGACGACCAAGCGACCGGAGAACUUAAGCUAGGCCCAACCGCAUGCUCGCAGGUACGGAGAUUUCGAAAGUAUCUCAGCGCAGAUCUGCGAAUCCGGCAAGGCGCAACAGAUCCGAAAGGGCAGAGUGUGUACUGUGGUGAGCUCCGGUCCAAAUUCACUUUCCGUCCUGCCUCCUCGCAUCGCAGACUCUCGAUCCUGCUUGAUCAACUUGCGUGUUGUGUUGCAGCUGCGAUUUGAAUUGCCGGGCUUGCCAUUUUUCACAUCGUUCUGGCCAGGACUGCAGGCGACUGAUUCUUUUUCUGUCAACUACUUUCUGGAAUCUCAGCCUCAGGAUGGGCUCGAGAAUUUGGGAAAGGAAAGUGGCUUCGAUUUGGCAUAAGAUGCAACUGGAUGUGAUCUCAGGAGGAACAGCAGCGAGAUCUCGAACCGAAUUAAGGAAUCGAUGUAUGUGACGAA